GGGGGGAUAUUUGGACUAGUUUGGACCUCAUGGGUCGCCGUACUCCAGCGGACAUGUGAUCAGAAAAAGCUAUAAGUAGAGGUGCUGCUCCCAAUUGUUUGUUUGACGCACGGGCAGAGAGAGCAGUGACAUGGCGUCUACAAGCCGCGGAGAUGCUCUUGCCCUUCCCAGAGUUCAGUGUCCCAACCACCCUGAUGCCAUACUGGUGGAGGACUACAGAGCGGGGGACAUGAUUUGCCCUGAAUGUGGCCUUGUAGUAGGUGACCGUGUAAUUGAUGUGGGCUCAGAGUGGAGGACGUUUUCCAACGAGAAAGCCCUCAAAGAUCCAUCCAGAGUGGGAGACGCGCAGAACCCACUGCUCAAUGGAGGCGACCUAACCACCAUGAUCAGCAAGGGAACAGGCGCAGCUAGUUUCGAUGAGUUCGGUAACUCCAAGUACCAGAACCGGCGGACCAUGAGCAGCUCAGACCGGGCCAUGCUCAACGCCUUUAAAGAAAUCAGCACCAUGGCGGAUCGCAUCAACCUGCCAAGGAACAUCAUAGACAGAACAAACAACUUAUUCAAGCAGGUUUAUGAACAGAAGAGUCUGAAGGGGCGAGCCAACGAUGCCAUCGCUUCGGCCUGUCUCUACAUCGCCUGCAGACAAGAAGGUGUACCACGAACCUUUAAAGAGAUCUGCGCCGUCUCUCGGAUCUCCAAGAAGGAGAUUGGCAGGUGCUUCAAACUGAUCCUGAAGGCACUGGAGACCAGCGUGGACCUCAUCACCACCGGAGACUUCAUGUCCCGCUUCUGCUCAAACCUGGGCCUGCCCAAACAGGUGCAAAUGGCAGCCACCUAUAUCGCCAGGAAGGCUGUGGAGCUCGACCUGGUGCCCGGCAGGAGCCCCAUCUCUGUGGCUGCAGCAGCCAUCUACAUGGCCUCCCAGGCCUCUGCAGAGAAGAAGACCCAGAAGGAAAUCGGAGAUAUUGCCGGCGUUGCAGACGUUACGAUCAGACAGUCAUACCGACUCAUCUACCCGCGCGCUGCAGAACUCUUCCCUCCAGACUUCAAAUUUGACACACCUGUCGACAAGCUGCCACAACUGUGAAGACCACACUCUCUCCACAGUGACGAUAUUUCUCUGCUGUACUUACAGGAUUGUAUCUUCUUUUUUUAAAUCAUAUUUUUGUUGGAUUUGGAAGAUUUCUCUUGUCCUCAGACUUCAAGCCUUUGUCAAGGCACUCUCACAGGAAUAAAACGGACACAUUCCAGUGCUUAAAUAAACAGCUUUGCAGACUGUACUUACAGUAUUUCAUUUGAGUGUAUAUACUGUACCAUGUAUAUAUGUCCAAGUGGGAAAAUGUAACUGAUGCUUGCAAUUUUAGGCUGGUUUCAUACUGUAUACAUAAAACAUUGUUUUUGUAGAAAAAUGACCAGGUUCUAUUUUGUUAGUUUGUUUGAAUUGUUUCCAGUAAUUUAAAAAAAAAUAAAAGAUUUUCAUUAAA